UCUUUAUUGACUAGAAAUUUUAUUGUAAUAUAACAUAAUAUAUUUCUUUUUGUUUUUCGUAUAAUUAUUCCAAUUACAAGUCAUAAUUAGCAAAUCUGUACUUGUAGUCCGAAUAUUUUUGUGACUAAAUACUGUAUGCACACUGAUGCAUACAAGGUGACAAAACUGUGCUUCUCAAUUUGAAAGAAUAUAUGUACACCCUUAUGUAUUUCUUCCAAAGUGUUAUUGUUAUUUGUACUCGCAUAAAAAUAUGACUUAUGUAAUACUGUUAAGGUAAAGACUGUACCAAGAAUAUAUUAAUAAUUAAUUUAAAUUAUGACUUGUAUAGAGGUAUAAUUAUCUUAUUACAAAAUCUGAAGAAACUGGAUAUAAUUAAUCAAAACUGAUGUGGAUGUAUUUUCUAUAAAAAGUAAAAAGUAAUUAAAUAAAAAUGAUUCCUACUGAUUCUUCCAAGCCAACAUUACAAGAAGAAAAUAAAACAGGAAUUUUUAUGAAUGAUGAAGAUUGGGACAAGGUAGUUCUUUAUUUUGUUGGCGCUCAAAACAGAUUCAGAGAAAAUAUUAUAAUUCCAAGAACUGAUGGCCCCGUACAAAUUAAAACGAAUGAAGAGAAACGCAUAGAAAGUAUAAUGGAAAGUUGUACUUUUAAAAGCAUCUGCAGUUGUUGUAUAGGUUUUUUUGUGGGAGCUGCGGUAGGUUUGUUUUCAGCUAGUGUAAACCCAAAUGUAGCUACUAUUGAAAAGCAAUUGACUGUCUCUGAAACAUUUAAAGAACUGAAAAAUUCAACCACAAGUUAUGGAAAAAACUUUGCUGUAAUUGGUUGUAUAUUUACAGCAAUUGAAUGUACAAUAGAAUCGUAUAGAGGUAAAAAUGAUUGGAAGAAUACUACAUAUGCUGGUGGCUUCACAGGUGGAAUAUUGGGACUAAGAGCUGGUGUAAAAGCAGGUUUAGUUGGUGCAGCAGGCUUUGCAGCAGCUUCAACUGCAAUAGACUAUUAUAUGAAUCAUAGACAAUAAAUUUUACAAAGUAUAGUAGAUAUAUUGGUAUAAAAAAGAUAUAAAACAUACUCUGAGCAAACCUCGAGAGUAUAUACGAAAACACGGAAGUUUUCUUAAUACAAAAAUGCAUAUAAAUAAGUACAAUGGUUAAGAAGUAAAAUAAAUUCACAUAAUACACUCAUAUUUGCUUCUCUUACAUUAUUUAAAU